CGAUGUUGGUCGUGUAUAUUUAGUGCCGAACAGUUUUUUGGAAGUUACACACUGCCUUUACACAAUAAACAACAAAUUUUCGAUUUGGGGAAAAAUCGGUCAAUAUCUUGUCAGGCAGGAGAUCCAGAAUAUAAUCGAAUCUUUGGUUAUGUUUCUGCAUAUUUUAAUAGUUUUAGUGUAAUUUUUAAACUUCAUUUUAUAUUAUCUUUUUAUUUAUUUUCGAUUGGCAAGAAAUUGCUCUGAUAUAUAAUUGUGUUUGAUUCUGUUGUAUUAUGACUAUCUAGUUAAUAACUUAAUUCUUCUGUCGAAUCAAAAACUUUAUAGCUUUUUACUUUGGAACUAACACCCUUGAUUCAAGUAGUGCUCUCCAUAAAUUUCAAUUAUCAAUCCAACAAUCACUACAGGUAAACAGCCGAUAUAAAUCAAGAAAUGUGGAACAUCCAAACACAAAGUCACUAUAAACCCACCGAGACCUGCAACUGAACCUGCCAUGACAUCCGAGGAAUCCAUUGAUGUGGUCACCAAAAAGAACGGAUCCAAAAAGACAGAUGACUGCGCCAACUUCGCGCAUGAAGUACAGAAAAACGGCAAAAGAGAAAUAACAGCUGAUGAACAAAAACAACGGAGGUCACACGAUCUCAUGCGGUUAAUGUACGAAAUACCCGAAGAUAUAAAAAAUCCAGAAUUCAAUGAAAACAACAAUAUGUUAAAAGAAAACCCACCGAUCACUAUCGUCGAGAUCACAGAACAAAAUGGUUGUGAAACUGAUUUAGAAAGUGCCAGGCCGUGUGAUAAUGACGCUUAUGUUAAAGUUAUAGAAGGGUCUAGUCCUGAAAAUUUAGGUAAUAAGGUUGUACUUGACGUUUUAGCUACUAAUGAACUGAUAAUGCAAUGUUCCGAUGAAUUCAAAGAGUUUAUAGACAGAACAUCGCCUGAUGAUGUGAGUGAAGAGGAUUUGGUGGAAUUGAAGAAACUUUUGGAGAAUAAGCCUAAGAUUUUGGAGAAAUAUGUUCGGGAUUGUGCUAGUAGGGAAGAGUUACAAAGGCUACAUAGUUUAACAUCCGGACCAUUGUCUCCGAAGCCUCGGCAUGAGGCGAGAAGUACAUCUAUGACGUCAGACCUAAUCCAACUUUGGCUAGCAUCGUCUCCCAUUAAGAGGUCGAGAUCCCCAAGCGGAUCGGCGACGCAGACGCAGCUAGACGAGGCAGAUUUGUUUAUGGACCUCAUCAAAGAUGUCGCCAACGAGUUGGACAUAGAUGUUCUGUGUCAUAAGAUCCUGGUGAAUGUCUGCACGCUCACAUCUGCCGACAGAGGGAGCCUGUUCCUCGCAAAAGGGAUGCCACCCCACAGAUACCUGCAGGCUAAACUCUUCGACGUCACCCGACAUACAGAACUGAAUGAGGCAUUGAAAACGGCUCGUUCACAAGAGAUAAAGAUCCCUUUUGGUCGCGGAGUGGCUGGGUUGGCUGCACAGACGAAGAAUCCUAUUAACAUCAAAAACGCAUAUGCCGAUGAAAGGUUCAAUAAAGAGAUUGACGCACGAACAGGAUACAAAACGGAACUCAUACUAUGCAUGCCGAUAUGUAACUACGAGGGUGAUGUUGUUGGCGUGGCGCAGAUCAUUAAUAAGACUGACGGUUCAAAAGAAUUCUCCCCACACGACGUGGAAGUGUUCCGACGGUACCUCACUUUCUGCGGCAUCGGUAUCCAAAACGCGCAGUUAUUCGAAUCCUCCGUACUCGAAUACAAGAGGAACCAGAUCCUACUGGCACUAGCUAGGAGUAUAUUUGAGGAGCAGAGCAAUCUGGAAUGCCUGGUCACGAAGAUCAUGACCGAAGCUAGAGAGCUGUUGAAAUGUGAUCGGUGUGCAGUCUUCAUUUUGGAUACGGAUCAUUGCGAAUCGAGUCACCUGGAACGCAUUCUUCAGCGACCGGGAACGAACACGUCAACAAUACCAGCAUUACCACCACCAGCCCCUACUCGCUUCAACACACUCUUCGAACUUGGGGCUAAGCAAUCGAAGACCACGCUCACGCCUCGACACGAUAUUAAGUCAACUUUAGCAUCUAUUGCAUUGAAGGUGGCCCAAUCCAACAAAGCGUUGAACAUAUCCGACGUAGACGAGUGGAGAAGAGAGAACAACAUGGAGAGCGAUGACCCUGUCAACGAUGAUGCUGUCAACGUUAGGACAAUGCUGUGUAUGCCAAUUGUCAAUGCUAAUAAAGAUGUUAUUGGCGUAGCUCAGCUUAUUAAUAAGGAAAACGGCUCCCAGUUCACAGAGGGCGACGUAUCUAUAUUCGAAGCGUUCGCCAUCUUCUGCGGCCUCGGCAUCCACAACACGCAGAUGUAUGAGAACGCUUGCAAGCUGAUGGCCAAACAGAAGGUGGCAUUAGAGUGUCUCUCAUACCACGCCACGGCCUCGGCGGAGGACACUGAGAAACUGAGCCGUGACGUCAUACCCUCAGCUGAGACCUACAAUCUAUACAGCUUUCAAUUCCAUGAUUUGGAACUGUCAGAUGAAGAUACUUGUCGGGCGACUUUGAGAAUGUUCCUUCAAUGUAAUCUCGUCGAGAAAUUCCACAUACCCUACGAUGUAUUAUGCAGAUGGAUACUAAGCGUGAAGAAGAACUAUCGUCCAGUGAAAUACCACAACUGGCGCCACGCUCUAAACGUAGCUCAGACCAUGUUCGCCAUGUUGAAAACGGGGAAAAUGGAGAAACUAAUGUCAGACUUAGAAAUCCUUGGUCUGUUAGUUGCUUGUUUAUGCCACGAUUUGGACCAUAGAGGGACGAAUAAUGCUUUUCAGACGAAAACGGAAAGUCCUCUGGCGAUUUUGUAUACGACUUCGACGAUGGAACACCACCAUUUUGACCAGUGCGUUAUGAUAUUGAACAGCGAAAGUAAUAAUAUAUUCCAGGCGCUUUCCCCUUGUGACUACAAAACAGUUAUGCGGGUAGUUGAAACAGCCAUACUGUCGACUGACUUGGCCAUGUACUUCAAGAAGAAGGAUAACUUCAUCAAACUCGUCGACAAUGGCGAAUUUGAUUGGCAGAGCUCGGAGAAGAAGGAAUUGCUAUGCGGCAUGAUGAUGACAGCAUGCGACGUGUCGGCGAUCGCCAAGCCGUGGGAGAUCCAGCAUAAAGUGGCCAAACUGGUGGCAGACGAGUUCUUCGACCAGGGAGACCUGGAGAAGCUGCAGCUGAACCAACAACCCAUUGCGAUGAUGGAUAGGGAGAAAAAAGACGAGUUACCACAAAUGCAAGUGAACUUCAUCGACACGAUCUGCCGGCCACUGUACAAGGUUUUAUCUGACACCUUCCCCUGGAUCCUACCACUGUACACUGGAACCAUGGAGAAUAGACAGAAAUGGCAGGAUUUAGCGGAGAAGGUGGAAAUGGGACUAACGUGGAUCGAUCAUGACACUAUUGAUAAGCCCAUAGAGGAAUUUACAGCAUUGAACGAGGCUAUAAAAGACGUUGAAUUCACUGUGACUACCCUCAACUGCAAUAAACCUCUGUCUGAGAGUAGCAGCAUGGUGAUCGCCAAACCUAUCAAGCAUUCCUUCAGCUCCUUGAGAAGGGGAAAGAGCACUAACUUGACAUCAAGGUCGACGAGGAAUAAGCUUUCUAGAUCUCUCUACGCGGCUCCAAGCACUCGCGACGAAGCGAGAGAAGUGGAGAAGAAGCCGACGGAAGCGGCUCCAGAGAUCAGCAACAACCACAGCACAGCGGAGCCGGCCAAGACGAAGCAUAAAGGGAGGCUCUGCCAUAUGUUGUGACGAAGUUUCAACUGGAACAGCCAGAACAGCACCGACAGAGCUGAGAAGCUGGACAGAGUGAAGCCGUCCAAAUCGAUCGACUAGUUGACCAACAGAUCCGCGGGAACUGAGGGCAUUGACGACAUUUCCAUCAUACGUUCAGAUUUCAGUACAUGUCAUACCAUGCCACAUACUAUAUGAUGUCACGUCCAUAAAAUUUUUAGUUGAUAAUACGAUGUUCGUAUACUUUGAUGUUAUUAUCAUCUAUAUUAUACCUACGUUUUUGAAGAUUCAAAAUAGAUUUUCAUUAUGGACUUAAAAUAGAUUUUUAUUAUUUAGUUACCUGAGAGGUUAAUGUAUAUAAUUACCUAAAUAUUUUUAUUUUAUUUUAUUUCAUAGUGGAUUAAACCAAUAAUAGGAAUACCACCCAUUUACCUAAAUCCAAAUGUAGUGUAAAAGAAAAUAAAACAGUAGAAAACUAUAUUUUAGAUAAUACAGAUCUUCUAGUCAUAACCAAUUCUUUUAUCAGAAAGUGGGUAAGAUCAGUCAGAUAG